GUGCUCGCGCUACGCUGAUUGAAGUGGAGGAGUAAAUUUACUGUUUCUGAGAACUGUAAAAAAAAAAAACAUGAAGGGAAGUCUAACAGCCCACAUAGUUCACCUGUAUGUGUAGAGAUAAACACACACACACACACACACACACACACACACACACACACACACACACACAUAGUAGUGCAUGGUGAGCACAGAUGUCAUACAUUCAUCACCUCCACAGACUGUACACGCUUGUCACUGACGGUUGAUUUGGGCUCCACUCCUCCUCACCCUUGCCAUCUCUUUUUCUCCCUCUCUGGAGCGUCCUGGCCUCGUGGAAAGUAUGUAUCAUAAGUACUGAACUGAAGGAGCAGACAGAGAGAGGAAACAAGCUGAUAAGGAGUGAAGGACCGAAAAAAGAAAUCACAAGAAACGACUAUAAACACUCCUGACCCGGGUUCAUCAUGAUCGACCCCGCGGCCGAGCUGCCCUUCUUCUACGGCAGCAUCAGCCGUUCGGACGCCGAGCAGUACCUGAAGCUGGCAGGGAUGGGUGACGGUCUGUUCCUGCUGCGUCAGUGUCUGCGCAGCCUGGGCGGAUACGUGCUGUCUCUCGUCUGGAACCUGGAGUUUUAUCACUACCCGGUGGAGAAGCAGCUGAACGGGACGUACUGCAUCGCGGGCGGAAAGGCCCACUGCGGCCCGGGUGAGCUCUGCGAGUACUACAGCAAGGACGCAGACGGCCUGGUGUGUAUGCUCAAGAAGCCGUGCCUCCGGUCCGCAGACACGCCCAUCAAGCCCGGCGUCUUCGAAAACCUAAGGGACAACAUGCUGCGCGAGUAUGUCCGGCAUACCUGGAACCUGGAGGGCGAGGCCAUGGAGCAGGCCAUUAUCAGUCAAGCUCCUCAGUUGGAGAAGCUGAUAGCCACCACGGCGCAUGAGAAGAUGCCCUGGUACCACGGCAAAGUCCCUCGUCAGGAGGGAGAGAGGCGGCUCUACUCGGGCUCCCAGCCAGACGGCAAGUUUCUAGUGAGAGAACGAGACGCGACCGGCACCUUCGCCCUGUCGGUGAUGUACGGAAAAACCGCGUACCAUUACCAGAUCCUUCACGAUAAAUCGGGCAAAUACUCCAUGCCGGAAGGAACCAAGUUUGACACCGUGUGGCAGCUGGUCGAGUAUCUGAAAAUGAAGCCCGACGGGCUGGUCACGUUACUGCGCGAACCCUGCGUCAACCAGAACAACGCAAGCCAGACGCCAGCCGUGCCUUCAUCGAGGAGAGCCAGAGGUAAUGGCUACACACCGCCCCCUGAAGUUCCUGGAGCGUGCAAGGCCUUGGAAACGAUGAACCGUCAGACUCUGCCGAUGGACAGCGACGAGUUCGUCAGCCCGUACGCCGAUCCGAAGGAGCUCCAGGAGAAGACGCUUUUCAUUAAGCGUGAUAAGCUGAUGGUGGACGAGGUGGAGCUUGGGUCGGGAAACUUCGGCUGCGUGAAGAAAGGCGUCUACAAGAUGAAGAGCAAACACAUCGACGUAGCCAUCAAGAUUCUGAAGAGUGAGAACGAGAAGUCGGUGAAGGACGAGAUGAUGCGCGAGGCCGAGAUCAUGCACCAGCUGGAUAACCCCUACAUAGUGCGCAUGAUCGGCCUGUGCCAGGCGGAGGCACUGAUGCUGGUGAUGGAAAUGGCACCGGCCGGGCCGCUCAACAAAUUCCUCUCCAGCAGGAAAGACCAGGUGACGGUGGAUAACGUGGUGGAGCUGAUGCACCAGGUCUCGUUGGGGAUGAAGUAUUUAGAGGAGAAGAACUUCGUGCACAGAGAUUUGGCGGCUCGGAACGUGUUGCUGGUCAACCAACAUUACGCCAAGAUCAGUGACUUCGGCCUCUCCAAAGCGCUCGGCGCAGAUAAUAACUAUUACAAGGCACGCACGUUGGGCAAAUGGCCUCUAAAAUGGUACGCUCCAGAGUGCAUCAUGUUCCACAAGUUUUCCAAUAAAGGCGAUGUGUGGAGCUUUGGGGUUACCAUGUGGGAGGCGUUUUCCUAUGGAGGAAAACCUUACAAGAAAAUGAAGGGUCCCGAGGUGAUCAACUUCAUCCAGAACGGCAGCCGCAUGGACAAUCCACCUGGCUGCCCAGAACCCAUGUAUGAGCUGAUGAAAGAAUGCUGGACGUACAAGUACGAAGACAGGCCUGCCUUCAUGAAAGUGGAGGAGAAGAUGAGGACCUACUAUUACUCCAUUUCGAAGAAGACUCAGACUGAGGCGAAUGGAGAGGCAGCGAAACCAGAUGAUUAGCAGCUCAGCUCUAAAAGUUCAGCGUGUUUUUGUUUUGUUUUUUUUUUUAAUCUUCACGAGGAAUCGCUCACAGCCUGAUGUGUUGAAUCAUUUGUGAGUGAAAGAAGGCUCGGAAAUACAAAAAACGUGUGCCGAUUCAUUGCAUUCGCCUGUUACAGGACUCGCUGCGCUUCAGAUGGAGGCUUUUUCAAAAAAAAAUUAUUAUUUUUUUUUAAAAAUCACAUCCUCUUUCACGUUAAAACAGUGUUUCUUUCUGAGAAUGGAGGUCUUGCGCUCGUCUUACGCGUCUUCGCCACGUCAUCAUUUUUCCGUGAACUUUGCAGCUGUGAUAUGUGGCGAAGCCGAAAAACAAGCCAUUUCGUGCUGAUGUUUUGGUGGUCGAUAAUAAAGUCGUCUUAAUUCCUGUAAGAACUUUUGCAGAUUUUGAUCUGCAAAACUCAAAAUCUUAUUCGAAAUGAGAGUUGUUAAUGAAUAUUUUUACACUUGUGUGUGAAUUCCUGUGUCUACGUUUUUUUUUAAAUAAACUGUGC